GCACAAUACAUGUAAAGAAAUUUAUUCAAACAUUCUCAAUUGCAUGAAAUUUGUAUUUGUAAGAAACUUUAAUUCCAUGUCGCAGAUUCUUACUUUUACUGGAAAAGAAAGUUAGUUAUGUAAUCUGCUUUUGAGCGAGCAAUCUAUAUAUGCAUUAUUGAAGGGAUAUCGAUGUUUGAGAUUCAGUAAAAUUUCUAAGCGGCCUUUCGGGACCUAAAUGACAAGUUUUCUAAUUGACAUUUAGAAAUUGCAAGAUAUCUAAAAUUUAACCAAAAAGCUAGACGUACCCUAAGUAAAACAAAAAGCAAAGAAUUACUAAAAAAAUAUGUUUUUGUUUGUAGCAAAAUCCUUUGAAUCAAAAGUACCCUACAUUUCGCAGCCAAUAUAUGAUCUUAAACAGAAUGGUGAUGUGAAAUUUGGACCAGGCACCAGAUCAGCAUCGUUGGGAUUCUCCCUUUUGUGGAAUUCCCACAGUGGCAGAAGGUGAAAUUUGGUCCAGUAUUUCUUAAUCGAUUGAGUAUCGAACGUUUUAAAAUGGUUGCCCACAUACACGCCCAGGACGGAUAAAAAACCCAACCAUCCUAGAAGAACAUCGGCAGAGAUCUUUUCUUGAAAUUUGGUACACUGGCGGGAUAGGACACGAAACGUAAUUGACGCAUUACAUUGCUAAGAAGAUAGCUCGCGCCAUUGUUGACACACGCUCGGCUCUACAUCCUAUAGAAACUCCUAAACAAUUAGCCGACUUGGUAGCCAGCUGCCUGCAUGAAACUCAUUUUCGUUUAGAUAAAUUGCAGCGACCCACACAUGUGGCCACUAAAACGUUUCAAGCUUUACGUAUGUUCGUUAACAAUGAGUUAAAUGAAAUUAACUACGGCAUGGUCCUGGCAAAUGAUUAUAGUCAAACGUCGUCUUUACGGGAAUGUCACUGACGGCUUAGUAAAUCCAGUAGCAGUAAAGCUGUUGUGGAGUGCCGCGCAAACGGUUGCGAAUUUGCCCAUUUUUAGCGCAUUGUAUCUGGUUGAAGCGAACUUUCGAGAUAAGAACAACAAACGUACAAAUUUUUCCUUGUUUUACUUAUUUCCGAAUUCUUUGUUUUUUUUUCUGAUGAAUUUUUCAAGUAUAUCCUCAAAAUCAUCCUUUGAUCGCAACCAAAAGCCACAAUACGAUCGCUCAGAUUCGCUGCUGGCGGGUUCUUUGCGUACCGUUAUCAUACCACAAACAAUGGAGGUGUUUCUUAAAUUGGCGCAGAGGAGUACAGAUAAAUAUAUAGAGACUUGCAGUAUAUUGGCCGGUCGUCUAUGUUACUCUAUGCAGUGUAAAGCUGCUAAGAAUAACGAAGCUCAAAUGCUUCAAUUUCCGCACUGUUAGAUUAUUGCGAAAUAUAUCUGGCACAAUAAACUUAAUGCAAUUAAAGCAUAUUUUUGUGAGAAAAGCAUUAAAAGGUCAUCGCUCUUAUAUGCGGUUUGCAGAUCCUUCUAGCCGUGACAAAUUUCGCAUUGAAAACCAACUACUUGCGAGGGCACAUACUUGCGUUCUAUUCUAUUAGUGUGACAAAAGCUUUAAUAUGAUAUUUUCUAUCUGCAUAAAGUGUAUACAUAAUGUAUAAAUAAAAAUUCCGUACAACUGGGAAUGUUUGAAUACGUUUGUUUACAAUUCUUGAUAAUUUCGCAUGCAUUGUUGUCUACAUUCUUGGCAUACACCAUAUUCGGAAUACGAUUAAGCAAGUCCGUCUGUCCGUCCAUCUCUAAUAAACGAUAUCAGUAAGAAGUUGUAGUACGCUUACACCACAUUCAACGAAUUCUGCGAGUACAUCAUCUUUAAAGCACCAUUAAAUAGAAAAAUAGAAAAAAAAGAAAUUAUUUGUGAAAAAAAGCAAAGCGUAUAAUAACCAGAGUAAAAUUGGUUAAACUACAUUUCUUAUUUGAUCGAAGAAGUAAAAACAAAUGAAUCGAAAAGAGGACUUGUUCUGAGACAAAUUUUAAACAUUACGCAACUUCCAUAGCAUAGAAUGCAGAAUAUACAAAUAAUGUAAUGGACGCAGUUACGAAAAAAUUGACGAAGUUUGCUUUCAAUAUAAAAAAUUUGAAAAAAAAUUUAAAACAUUUAAAUUUUA